UUGCCUGUAUAGUCUCUUGCCUUCUGAUCAAUGUGUUUUCCAGACGCUGCGUCCAAACACGCGGUCCAGGCGUUCUUUGACUGUCUGAGAGCUGAGGUGGAGGAGUACGGCAUCUCCGUCAGCACCAUCAGCCUCACCUUCAUUAACGCAGUAGCAGAGAACGGCGCUCCCUCCCAAACACCACCCAUCAUCCCCCCCUGGGCCUAUAUCUGUAGUAAGCUGCACACUCACGGCGUGAGCCCCAGCAGUCUGGCGCAGGAGAUGGUGAGGACGGUGAACCGGCAGAAUCCAGAGGUCCUCCUGGCUCAUCCCGUGCCGAGGGUCGCGCUCUACAUCCGCUCGCUGCUGCCCCGCUCCUUCUUCACUGUGGUGGGCGGCGUGAAGGACGGAGCCGUGGCCGUGGCCGAGCCGCUGAAAUAGAGCAGAGACGCCAGCGUUCGUAUUAUAACUAAUAGAUAGCACCAUAAUUCCCCAGUUGAUUCAUCACAGUACAUUGAGACAUCUAUUACAAGUUUUCUGAAAUGGUAUGUUUAAAUAUGCAAAUUUGGCAUUUUGCAUGCAUUUCCAGAACUGAAAUCUGAAGAUUUCAUAUAAAGCCAAGACCAAAAUUCUUGCAUGAUUUUGUUGAUAUAUUAGAGGGGAUAUAUGUGUCCCUGCAGCACAAAAGCAGACUGAAGUCGCAAUAGCCAACAAUACAUUGUAAA